AUGUCUAAUGUCGAUGUAACCGAUGGGUUUGGGGUUUUGAGCCCCUUGUUAAAGUACGAUCCCCCCAUCACCGUGGCCACCCCUUCCCAUUCUAGCUUCCCGAAGCCAGACCUGGAGGCUCUUUUGAGGGGGAUCCGCGAAAGGGGCCACCCUUUGGCUGAGAAGGGCGACCCGCUUUCCAUUCCCGCCUCCAGGCUGGCAACCGCGCAGCACAUCGCGCGGGAGUACUCCCUCGCCUCGGAGACGACGUCGGCCGCGGUUGAGGAGGAGUCCCUCGCGAUCGCCGGUCGACAUUGUGGGGGAUCGACCCUCUCUCGCAAGCGACCCCACGACACGCGGCGAGGGAAAUUCACAAAUAGAGGACCCUCAACAAACCCGUUUAGCUUCGCCUAUGCGCGCCAUAAAGGGGCACCCGCGGAUGGCAGCGCGCGAGGGCCCUCCAACGCGACCGCGAUGCCGAUGGAUGUCGACACGACUUCGUUGAACGAGGUCCUGCCCUAUCUCAUGCGCAAUGACAUUCGCGAUGGGGUGAGUAUCCUGCGGGUGAUCUUCCCACCGCAGGUGGAGACUCCCACGUUUUUGACAGAAAACACCCCGUCAACGAAGGAUCCAAGCGAGGACCAGACGACGGAUAAGCCGGGGCCCUUUCCGGCGAGCGAGGUCAUGCUGCGGUACGUCUCCACGACGCCCGCCAGCCGGGGCGAGAUUACGAAGCUCCACGAGGCCCUCUGCGAUAGGCUCCAACAACGCCAAGCCAGCCCUGUUGGGAUUUGUCCGAUCCGCCGCGAUAUCUACGACGACGCGUUCUGUGAACUUAUUCGGCAAGUCAUGUUGGAGGACGCCGCGCGCGGGGUUCUGCUCAAGCGGCUUAAAGACGAAUCAGAUCACACGAUUGAGGUGCACAAAAGUCUCGUGGAGCGUGCGCACAGCUUUUCCACGCGGAAGGAAAUAGAAUCUCGUCAGGCCACCAUUCAGCCUAUGCUGGACCGGGUAGAAUCCCUGAAGAUGGAAAUUCGGGAACUUGAGGUCAAAAAGCACGACCGGCUGAUGAUGUACGAUAAAGUUGGGGGGAAAAUAGAUGAGGCGCGUACAACACUAGAAAAAACCCAGAAGCAGGAGUUGACGUACUGGCGCAAGGUGAACCAGCAGUUAUCCGCAAAACUUAAAAAUGAAACCGAGCGCAUCUCCAAUGGAGCCCCAACCAAUGUUAACACGGUCUCCUCUGUAGAUAAAAGGCAUAAUUAA